CACACACACACACACUCUCGGAGGCUGAAAUGACCAAAUGCAGUCAUGAACUUUUCACUGCUGUCAUGUUUGGUGACGAUCAGACGCUAGCUGCUAGCAGAGGCUAACAGGAAGUGAGUGUGGCACUUUCAGUUGCUCCCUACUUCCUCGUAGUCGUCGUUCAUGUGAACAUGAGUUGUUGUGUGAUGUUGUUUGGUGGAAACAGAAAGAAUAAUGAAUCACAGACGGAGAUGAAACAGCCACAGAGCCUGAAACUGUUACAGAAAGACUGAAAGUAGAUUUAAAGGCAGACCUAAAAUAACUUCCUGCGGGACAUGUCUCCGUUCUGUGACCCAAACAAAGAUGGCAGGUGUGAGCGAUGAGUGUUUACUCUUCGUGCAGCUGUCUCUGGCUGCGUGUGGCGUGGUCACUCUAGAGCUGAACUGAAACCAGGACAGGAAGUCACACGUGGAUGAUACCUGAGCAGCAGGAGAUCUGUGCGCGAUAGACCAGCAGCUCUGCGAGGACGAGAACUCUCUGCUGAGCUUCGAGGCGAUCCGCAGCAUCCACAAGCUGAUGGACGACGACGCCGACGGCACGGUGGACGCGACCGAGACGGACGAGUUUCUCAGGGAGGAUCUGAAGGAUCACAACCCCAAAGCCAAACACAGCAGCUUCCACCGAGCCGACGCCCACAUCAGCGUGGAGGACAUGUGGAACGCCUGGAAGGGCUCCGAAGUCUACAACUGGACGGUGCAGCAGGUGGAGGACUGGCUUGCCAGCGUCGAGCUGCCUCAGUACAGCGAAAGCUUCAGGAGACACCAGCUGGACGGCCAAGCGCUGCCCAGGUUGGCGGUGAAGAACGCGACCCUGACCGUGUCCGUGCUGAAGAUUUUAGACCGGAGUCACGCUCAGAAGCUGCAGCUCAAAGCUCUCGACAUCGUGCUGUUCGGGCCGCCGCCAGGCCAGCAGAGCCGCUGGAAGGACCUGGUGCUGGGUCUGUCCAUCCUGAUGGCGCUUGGCGGCUGCUGGUUCGCCUACGCCCAGACCCGGAAGUCCAGAGACGACCUGGGGAAGCUGGUGAAGGACCUGGAGAGCCUGCAGAGGGCGGAGCAAAGCCUGCUCGACCUGCAGGAGAAGCUGCAGCAGGCUCAAGAGGAGCAGCGCUGCGUCCAGGUGGAGAAGGUGAAGGUGGAGGAGGAGCUGAGGAACGAGAUCAACUCGGCCAAGGAGGAAGCUCUGCGGCUUCGUGAGCUGCGAGAGGGAAACAAGAACGAGCGGAGCCGGCAGAAAUAUGCCGAGGAGGAGCUGGAGCAGGUCCGCAAGGUGCUGAAAAAGGCAGAGCGGGAGCUGGAGUCACGAGCCCACUGGACCCCGCCGGAGGCGCUGCAGAAGUGGCUGCAGCUGACGCACGAAAUCGAAGUUCAGUAUUACAACAUCAAGAAACAGAGCGCUGAGCGGCAGCUGCUACAGGCCAGAGAGGGGGCAGAGAAGAUCAAGAAGAAGAGGAGUUCUCUGUUCGGCACGUUUCACGUGGCUCACAGCUCCUCGCUGGAUGACGUCGAUCACAAGAUCCUCUCUGCCAAACAGGCCCUGGCUGAGGUGACAGCAGCGCUGCGGGAGAAGCUGCACCGCUGGCAGCAGAUCGAGUCUCUGACGGGCUUCUGUUUGGUCACCAAUCCAGGCCUCGGUGCGCUAGCCACCGCCCUCAACCUGGACCCGUCCUUCCUCGGGCUGCGACCUCCGACCCCUCAGCACCUUCUCCUUUCUGAUGACCUAGAUGACAUGGACGAGGACAUCCUUUCUCCGGGGACGCUGCAGUACGCAGCGUGGCAGAUGGACCGGCGAGUCAGCGACCUCUGGCCCCUGAGUGGCAUCGCAGACACCCAGUCAGCGUGGAAACAAUCCGCUCAGAGUGUGAUGCCCCUGCGACAGAGGAUCGGAGACCCCGCCCUGAACACUUUCAGCUCUCAGAGGGACAUCAUGAACCGCUCAGACUCUGACUCCGCCCUCCCGCAGUCUCACAGCGACCCCCGAGGUCAGCACAGCUCAAAGUCCUUCCUCCUGAUGUCCAGGCUCCACCCACUGCAGGACCCGGGCUCCAGGCUGGGUAUGGGAGGUGGAGGAGGAGGUCUAGAGAAGAGCUCCAGCCUCGGGGAGCUGAGGGGCAUCUCUGCUUCCGUCCUCGCCUCCGCCUGCUCCACUCGCUCCCUCUGCAUCACAUCGGACGCUACAGACGGAACCGCCGUCUUCUCGUCGUCCACCUCUUCCAGCUCGUCAGGUAGCGCCCGGGGGGCGGGGCUCCAGGUUCCCACCAGAAAGGGCGGCACGGAGGAAGACGCCGGCGAGGAUAGCGAGUCGUCCGGCAGCCGAAGGAGAAACGCUUUUAACAAGCUCUUCAAGAAGAAACAUGGACGUUACUGAGCAUCACGCCAGGAACCCAAACGCUUUACGCUGCCGCUGGUUUCCCUUCUUUGAUCGUGUCUCUGCAUGACAGCGAAGAUCAGACCUUACAUACCACCAAAGAAAAGACGAGGAGGAGCCGAAACAGGGACGACCAGACCAACCAUCAGCCCCAGUCCAGCAAACUAACACCAACAUCGGCUCCCAGAGUAUUUAAAUGCUGUUGUAGUGGUACUUUUACUGCAGGAACUGCAUCCUGUGUAAAAAGCUGUUUGUGAGUUGAUGACAUUAUUGUCAUGUUUUCACGAUGUUACCAAAGAAAUAUCACGGUUUUGUUUUUUCCUCUGAAAGUGCCUCAGAAGUCCAAAAUCUGCUGUGAGGCAGACUGUGGUUUGUGAUGAAGAUGCCCCAGAGCACUGCAAUGACUGAGCCUCACCUGUACGGAGGCCUGAAGCUGCCAGACUAAACAGAGUCAUGUAAACAGCUCAGUGAAUAGAAUAUUUCUGCCUUUAAAUGUACCAAAAAUAAUAAAUGUUGUGGUCUUAAAGGA